AAAGUUUGCAAUUCCGAUCGCGUGACUCUCCAGGCCACUCCCUGCCGCAGCCGUGAAACGCGUCACUCCAACGAUCAGGGCCCCCACCUGCCAAAAUAGCAACUGUGCGCCAAGUUUCAAUACUGUGUUCGGACAUGGGAACUGCGCUAAACAUGAGACGGAGACCGAUUCGCUUAGGUUCGAGUACAAGCCGAACCUCCCUUAAGCAAAGCGGCACAGCAGGAGUUCGAAGCAGCCAUUUGUCCUUCCCACCACUCCUCGGUCGCGCCUUGAUGGUGGCCGCGCCAACACCAUGACGCACCGACCGAUCCCGGCCGUAGGACUGGCCGCGGCCCUCCUGCUGCUCAACGAAUUCGCCAUCCAGUGUCUGCGCAAGCAAAACGCGAUCCACCAGCCCAGCGCCUCGGACACGGUGCCCGUGGUCGAGAACGCGCAGCUGCUGCAGCGCAUCGUGGACACGCUGUUCCGCCUCACCGAUGCCGUGGAUGGCGCCGAGCUGCGCCGCCUGGGCGACGGCUCCAAGGCGAAGCUGAGCGAGCCCGCGCUGCUGCUGCUCAAGAUCAGCGAGGAGCUGCGCCUGCUGACUGACCCGCUGAUUGAGGCCCUGCUUGCGACGCAGGCGAAGGGCAGUUUCGGCGAUCCGCGGUGGGGCACGGCGCGCGAGGCGCUGUGUCACGGCGUGUGGAAGGAGCGGGAUGUCACGGGGCUGAAGAAGAAGCUGCGUGCGGUGCGGCGGGAAAUCGAUGUUGCGCUGUUGCUGGCGCUGAGACAGUAUCUUGAUCAAUCCGCGGAGACGGGGCUGCCGGUGUUCAGCGAGGAGCUGAGGAUUAUGCCGUACUGGGAGCGCUGGCAGAACGAGGCCCUGGAUGCAGUGCAUGCUAACGAAUGGAAGUCGAAGAAUAAGAAGCAUGUGGAGGAGUUUUCGCAGCAAGUUGAUCGUCUGGUUAGUACGGCGAACGAGGCGCAUUUUUGCGAGCAGAUUUUUGAGAGGAUGAGGUUUGAAGAGCUGGAUCAUCGGUUGCAUUCUAUUUCUGCGCCGCACGAGGGGACUCUGGAGUGGGCGUUUGACGACCAGCAGACUGACGAAGGGGGCGUGCUUGAAUGGCUGGGGAAUCAGAGAGGAGAGAAUCUCUUCUGGAUCACAGGAAGGCCGGGUGCAGGGAAAACGACUCUCAUGAAACACCUAUUCCGCAACGACCGAAUCUUUGACUACCUGGAGGCGUGGUCAGGUCAAGCACCGGGAAUUACGUCUGGAUAUUUCUUCUGGAACUCCGGUGUUGAACUGCAGAGAUCCGCACUUGGGCUGCUUCGGUCGCUGCUGUAUGAAUCGCUGCAAGACAUGAUCUACGGCCCCUUGGAGCAGGAAAUGGGGAUUGUACAGACUCUCUUUCCAGACCGCUGGGAACAAUUCAAGACUUACGGCGGUGGCCUCGGCGCCCUCUCUCUCGCCGAACUGCGCAGCGCGUUCGAACUCAUGAUCUCAGACGCAAACAAGAAGUUCCUAUUCUUCAUUGAUGGUCUUGAUGAGGCCGAUAAAGUUGGGGACCUCGUAGACGUGGUCCCGCUCAUUGUUAGCGCCAGCAAGAGAGACAACGUCAAGAUUUUAGUUUCAAGCCGUCCUUCGCCAGGGUUCCAAGAAGCAUUUGAGAAACGUCCGAGAAUUUGGGUCGACGACCACACGACCGACGACCUCCACGCCUACAUACUCCACAGCUUCAGCCAGGACGAGUCUCUCGCAAAACUCCGCGGGAACACCGUUGUGCCGGAGGAAACAGACAUUGUCGCCAUCCUCUCCGAAACCGCAUGCGGCGUCUUCCUCUGGGGCAUCCUCGCCACACGCUUCCUGCUGCAAGAACUCACGGGCAACGACAACUUCACCAGCCUGCAGAACCGCGCCGAAGUGCUCCCCUCAGACCUCGACGAACUGCUGUCCCACAUCAUGAGCAACUUCGACCCGGCCGACCUGGAACAGGCCUGGAAACUCUCCGCGCUGAUAGAAGCCCACCCCUACCCGUCCCUCCUCGCACUCUCCUUCGCGCUCUCCGGCGACGAAAAAUCCAGCAUCGCCGCGCACCGCACGCCCCUCAAAUCCGCAGAACUCGCCCAGCGCACCGCCGACCUGCGCCACAUCCUCACCUACAAGACGCGCAACCUCUUCGCCGUCUUCGACACCGCGGACCCCGCGCUGCGUCCUGACGCCCUCGCGGCUCCGGACAGCCUGAAGGUCACCUACGCCCACCGCACGAUCCGCGCCUUCUUCCUCGCCGCGCACAAACCCACACUACCCACAGACUUCUCCCCCGUCACCGCCUGGGCCGCCUCGCACCUGCAGACGCUCAAAACGCUCGUCCCGCCGCCCAGCGGCGUCCAGCGCCUCUGGCCUUACCUCGCAGCAUGUCUAGAAUCGAGCCUCGCGCUCGCAUCCCUCGACGCCAAGAACCACGCGGCGUACACCCACGCCGCGCUCGCCGCCGCGCUGGCCCACCACGUCCACGCGCCCAGCUCCGCCUCCAGCGCCUCCAGCACCGCGUCCAGCAAGCGCCCGACCUCCGCGUACCCCGGCCAGCCAUCCCUGACUUCCGAUCUGCCCUCGUUCCCACACCUCGCGGUCGCAGCCCCGCUCGAUAUCGCCGUCCUGCUUAAUCUCACGGGGUAUAUCGCCGUGCACGCGCCCGACGCCGAGCGGCGCAUGGUGCGGCGCGCGGGCGAGUGGGCGGCGGGGAUGCGGCGGCGCGUUGGGGUGGGUGGGGAGGGCGUGUGGCUGGGGACGAAAGGGGAGGGGCCCGGGUACGAGAGGCUAAGGGCGGAGUACGGGAAGGGGCGGGCGGAGGUGGAGGGGUUGGUGGCGUUUUAUGGGGCCGCGGUUAGGUGGGGGAAGAAGGCGCCUGUGGUUGAGGUUGGGGAGAGCGUGUGAGGGGGGGUAUGAGGACGAGGGUAUGAGAUCGAGAAUGCGAGAACGAGGACAGGAGAACCAGAAUACGAGAACGAGAACACGAGAGAGAAAGGAAGGGAUUGCGAGAUGGUCGGGCCAGAGUGCACGUGUCUAGCGGUUUUGCUGCGUUUGGGCGGAUGAUACCUGAUACCUGGAUAGACGGCGUCUGCGUGCAUUGCGCGGGAUUCCUAGAGCCUAGAAUGUUUGAAUGUUUGAAUGUCGAAUGUUUGAAUGUUUGCAUGUCGAAUGCUGAGUGUUGAAUGUCGAAAUGUCAAGCGUCAUUGAUCGCAGAGUGUUCAUUGAUCUGCUACCAUGUCGUAUUAUCGUACAUGACGAAAAUUCAUGCCAAGCCAGCAAUAGGCCUGAGAAGCGCUCGCUCGCCCCGUCUACAACCCUGGGGGUCU